UGAAAUGUGGGCUGGUAUGAGCAACUUAUUUUUUUUUAGGUCCAACCUGGGUAGCAAAAUAAAACCUAUAUUUCAGGCCGAGUAGGAUUUGGGAUGCUUAAAACUUAUUAAUAUCCUGUUUAGACCAAGUUCAAUCCAGGUAUAGAUCUAGUAUAAUCCAUUAAGUUUCACAAAUUCUGAUUGCUAUAAAAGUUUGGGUAAAUAUUAGUUUACGCGUUUUAAAUCUAAAAUACAAAAGUUUUAUAUAUAAUUAAUCAAGUUUUUUUCCCUUAAAUUAUUCAAUGCUUCUUCUAAUUAACUGUUGAAGUUUUGGAAUUUCUUUUCGUUUAGGAUUAUUAUUCUGAUAUUUUCCCAAUCAGCUUCAGGAACCAAGAACAUGUUGGCAGACAUGGUUAAGGAUGAUAAGAAACCAACAGCCGGCUUUGGGAAUUAUGCAUAUUCAGAUCCAAGCAAGGAAUUCAAAGGAAGCAAGAACAUGUUGGGUGACAUGGUUAAGAACAAUGAUAAAGUAGUAGACGACCGUGCAAAUUAUGGAUAUGGAAAUCCAAGCAAGGAAUUUGCAGAUGGAAACGCCCCAACCAACAAAGAUGUCUACUUUUUUGAGAGCGAGCUGCAUCCUGGUAGGACGAUGAUUUUAAAGGACCUAACCAAAAAAGCAAGCAAAGCAACAUUCCUACCACGUUCAGUUGCAGAGUCGAUCCCCUUUUCAACCCAAAAGAUUCCGGAAAUCUUGAAAUAUUUUUCACUGGAAGCAAAAUCAGCAGAAGCUAACUUACUCAAAGAAACAAUUGAGAAUUGUGAAAGACCUGCCCUCGGAGGAGAAGAAAAGUAUUGUGCUACAUCAUUUGAAUCGUUUGUCGAUUUGGGUGUUUCCAAGCUAGGAAAAAACAUCCAGCUUCUGUCAAAUGAAUUGGAAAAAGAAACACAAAACCAAGAGUUUACUAUUGGGCAGGGAGUGAAAAUGAUGGGAGAAUCAGAGAUCGUUUGUCACAAGAUGAAGUAUGCAUAUGCUGUGUUUUUAUGCCAUUCCAUUGAUAAAACAGCUGUGUAUACGGUUCCAUUAGUUGGGGCAGAUGGGACAAGAGCUAAGGCGUUGGCUGUUUGUCACAAAGAUACAUCAACUUGGAACCCCAAGCACUUGGCUUUUCAGAUCCUCAAAGUUAAGCCAGGAACAGUCCCCAUUUGCCAUUUCCUAGUCAGAGAGACCCUUGUCUGGCUUCCCAACUAAAAUUGCUACAAGAUCAGUA